AUUUGCGAUUGAAAGAUGGUUUGUGUUGUUUCUGAGGAGGUUCUGGUUCCACCAACCCGUGUCCACCUCAACGGGUCAGAACUGAAGUGGACCGCGGGUCCAGUCCAGGAUGACGUCACGUACUCCGUGUUUUACAGUAACGAGUCCAGCGUGUGGGUGCCGGUACCGGAGUGUGACCACACCAGUCUCCUCACCUGUCAUCUGAGUGCGACCCGGUCCCUCUCGGAGUGCUUCAGGCUGCGUGUUCAAGCCUCGCGUUUCAGAUUGGAGUCAGAACCGGUGGAAGCCUGCAGCAGUCACGGUUCCUUAUGUUCUCCAGAGGUCCGCUUGAGUGCAGGACCCGGUUCACUGACGGUCCUCCUGAGCAGAAACCACAGCCUGUUCCACGAACAUGCAGAUCACGCCAUACAUGUGAUCUACUUCGGCGCUGAGGGAGAAGAACUGAAGGAACAGGAAGAUGCCUCAAAGCCCUUCAGAAACCUGGAAGUGGGUCGACGAUUCUGCGUCACGGUCCAGUUCCGGCUUCACGGGAAAGCCUUUGGACCUGCUAGCUGUAAGCAGUGUGAGGUCAUCCCAGAACGAAUUCCGGGAGGUCCGGAGCAGAAGAUGAUCAUAGCGACGGUGGUUCUGGUCGUUCUGCUGGUUUCUCUGGGUGUCUGGCUCGCCUACGUCUUCAUUUACAAACACAAGUGGAUCAAACGGAUCCUGCAGCCUCCGUACACCAUACCAGAUUUUUUCCAGGAACCGAUAUCUGAGCGGACCGUCCCCAUCCUCUGCCCCUCCCCCCUCGAGGAGCGCUAUGACGUGGUCCUGAGCGUGACUCCUAGGGAACUGGGGGGAGACUGAACGGAGCCCCCUCCUGCUGCUCCUGGAGCUCUGAGCUCCUCAUCCUGCUGCUGGAAAGCUAAAUGUGAACAGUGGUUCUGCUGUGACCCGUUUGUCCCUGGCCCAGACGGAACCACUCUGCUCCUAACUAACAAUGACCUGAUUUCCGGAACUGCGCUGCUCUGGGCGCAUGUUGGAGUAGCUCUGUUGACUACAUGUAAGUUUUGCCUUUUCUUCUAGUUUCUCAGGAAAAACUGUAUUUUUUGGACACUUUACUUUCCUGUUUCUGGUGCUGUGAAGCUUGGAGGAUUUUUACUGCUAUUUUUUUAAAAGCUUUUUUCACUUUUUGAGCAUUUGUUAUGAUGCGUAACCAUGGCAACAAGCUGGUUUACAAUCGGGAGCAGCUGAUUAACAUUGGAAAGGCUGAAAUAAUACCUCAGCUGAAGCCACAAAUCCCAAAUGAGCUAAAACACAAGAAGCGUGGGUGCAGAGCGGGAGCAAAACGGAUACAGAGAAAGAGGAAAUUCAAACCAUCUCUUCCAUCGAUCAUAAUGGGCAAUGUGAGAUCACUGGCCAACAAGAUGGAGGAACUCCAAGCACUUUCAAGGACUCAGCCAGAGUUGCGCAACCGCUGGAGGCUUCUUCAGUUUGGCUGCAACACCGACCACUACUGGAGAUCCUUCCUGCCAACAGCCAUUGUAAUAUACAAUAACUCUUUGACGACUUGAUUAUUAUUAUUAUUCUGAGCUACUACAGCAAUCAGUUUCCCUCUGGGAUUAAUAAAGUAUUUUUGAAUUGAAUUGAAUUUCAUUUAUUUCAUUUGGUUCUGAUGAAGACGGGUCACCAGGUCCGAAUCUGAACUUUAACCUGAGAUCCCAUGAUUAUCCCUGUUCAAACCCAACCGACCUUCCAGCACCACCAGAACCAGCACCUGUUACUCAACAGGAGUGGGUCUUUGUUCACAAACAGCAGAACUGAAACAGAACUGGUUUUCAACCAUCAGCUGAAACAUGCCAGCCACCAACAGGAAGUGGAGAGGAGAUGGUUCUGAUGGAGAGCACUGGGACUUUACGGGUCAUGUGACUCAGGAUUUUGUUUUGGUGAAUUUGUAGAGAACAGAAUUAAAUUAAAGAACCCAGAAAGAGUCAAGAACCAGAUCCAGCAGAGCAUCGGUUACAGCUGCUGCUGGAUGAUUUGGCUGAUUGCCGUGUGAUUUUUACGAACCAAGAAUCUGAUUUGGUUCUGAUCCAAAACAUCAGGCUGCUUGGGGGCAGAGCCUAAAUGUGCCAUAGGUGACUUUGUAUUUAAGAUGUUUGUAAUAAAAUAAAAGUGAACGGCAGACCCGUGUGGGGUAGUUACAUCUGGUGUCCUGCAGGCAGUGUUGCCAACUCCCUAACGACUUUUUGACCCCCUUAAUGACCUUUUUUCCAUAAAACGCCUAGCGACA